AUGGACAAAGGCUGGAAGAAGGUAGAAGAUGAGGAUGCCAGAACACUCAUAGAUCUUAUCGAAGAUAUGAAUUGGCCCAAACUCCGCACUGCCGUUCAUGAGCGCCAGGAGGAACUGAAAGAAGUAAGCGGACUUCACGGGUACGAUUGGACCAUACUUCAUUUCCUUUGUGCAGUGCCUCCCGUUCCAAAUGACAUAUUUGAGAGUGUUGUGGAACUGUAUCCUGAAGCCACGAGGGUGCGAGGAAAGAAAUGGGGCCAGACCCCCUUGCACGUCCUGUGUCGGAAUAGCCAAAAGUCAGUUCGAAAGGUACAAAUUAUACUGAAACACAUGGAACCAGAGGAUUUGUUGAUUGGAACCAAUAUCGGUAGUACGGCUUUACACUGUGCAUGUGCCAGUCAUGCUUGGAUUCCCGUUCUUCAAGAGCUCAUUCAAGCAAACCCAAAGAUUGUCUUGGUCGCGACACAUGAUCAACAUACGGCGCUAUCCGCGCUAUUUCAAUCACAUUUACAGACGAUCCAAGGACAUUUACAAGUUGUCCGAAUUCUGAGGGGAGAAACAGUCGAAGAAAACCACUUUACAAAGUUUUGGCAGAAGGUUGUAUUGAUGGCAACUACAGCCUUUAAAUUUUCACCGAUCUAUAAUCCCGACAUGGAGCCUAAUCUUGAAAAGUCCGGUCUCCACGGUCUGCAGUUGCUCCGAGCUCCUUUGCAACUCCAACAAGUCGCCAUCAAACUACAUCCUGAAUGGGUCUCUGUGGCGGAUAGCGCAGGAAACUACCCCUUGCACAAUAUUCUCAUUCAAAAGCCCUUCCGGAUAAAGGAUGUUCAUCUCAUCAGGGACCUAGCGACAGCUUAUCCGGAAGCAGCAUCCAAACGCAAUGCCAAAGGUGAAGAACCGAUUUUUAUUGCACUACGAGGGCAGAUGGCUUGGCAUGCGGGAGUGGAGGCCCUCGUCAAGGCCCAACCAGAAAUUCUUUCUUCUAUGGAUAGUGAGACAGGCUUGUAUCCAUUUUUGCUGGCAGCUUCACUAGAUGGAGAGGUUGCUGUGGAAAAUACCUAUCAUCUACUCUGCGCGAAUCCACAUUUAGCAAAGAUAUAG